AUUGGUUAUCUUUGAUGUAUAAAAAAAAUUCGUCUAUCAGAUCUAGUUUUUGAGAUAUGUUCCACUUAGUUAGUUCCAACGCUUCUAUGAGAAUUAUCAGUUGAACUAUCAUAUUAGAUUCACGCCUACACAUUGGUUACUAGUGCUAUCACAUGUCCUUUCGCAGUUAAGAAAUAAACAAAGUUGUGCACAAUGUUCAAAAAUGCAUUGAAAUAUUAUAAAUUCGGCAAAUAUCAUGCUGAAAAAAUGAAGUUUGAGUACGGAAAAAUAAUUGGUUCCAUGAAUUUAACGAAAAAUGAUGAGUUGAGUGUGGUUGAUAUUGGAAGCGGAAGUGGUCGCUUAUUACACGAAGUUUUGAUACCACUGCUUCCCAAAAACAUCAAGGAGAUCGUAGCAACUGAUAUAGAUGAAAAAAUGAUUGAUUUCUCACGUUCCGUCAACGAACAUCCGAAAGUGAUAUUCAAUGUAUUGGACAUUGGUGGUGAAAAGAUACCUUUACAUUUCCAAAACAGAUUUGAUUUACUAUUCUCAUCAUAUUGUUUUCAAUACGUCAGAGAUUUGGGGCGAGCAUUUUCGAAUUGUGAGAAAUUAUUGAAACCAAAUGGAGAACUAGCAUUGAUCUUUCAGUGUAAAACGAAUGCGCUCUACUCUACUUACAAGAAAAUGAGUAGAAUUGAUGAAUGGAAGCUAUAUAUGAAGGAAUAUGCAAAUUUCGUUCCAUGUUUCUCUGAUCCAGAUCCAGACUCCGAAUUGAGAAACAUAACCGAAAAUGCUGGAUUAACACUUAUAAAUUAUAACUUCGACCCUGAAUUUUAUAUUACUAUACCCAGAAAGCAACUUCUCGGUAUAUACCAAUCAUUAGAUAAUAUCAAACUUGCUGCUGUUCCAAAGGAUCAGCAAGAGGAUUACAACAGGGAUUUCGUGAGAAGUAUUGCUGAAGAAAUUGAUCUUAGAUUUUCAAAUGGGAGAAUUAUUGAUGAACCUAUAAAUUUUCAAGUUCCAACAGUUAUUAUACAUGCAAAGAAGAAUAAAUAAAA